CGGGCGGGCUCUUGUGCAACCCGGCUGCAUCGACUCCGCGGCCAGCAGUGAGAUAGUUGGUUGUUCCCUCCCUUCUUGAUUCUACCCCUCAUAACAAAACUCUCGUGACCUCACUGUCACUGAACACACUCGCCUGGACUCAGCCGAGUCUAGGAACCUCUGAUGCCCUGGCUAACCUAGUAAGCGUUAGUGGUCCUUCAGCCUUCGCGUGAGUGCAACCGCCCACUUGGUUCAUUAGUCGCGAGUGAAAGUUUCGUUUUCAGUGCGAUCUUUUUCUGUGAUUUUGUUCAUAUCCGACAUCUCACACUGCCUCCGCAAUGAAGUGGAAAAGUACUUUGAUAAUGGCGGUGGCCGGGAUUGGCCCAGUAAUAGUGGCUAUCGUAACGCUGUACCAAUUCGAUAUCAUAGGACUAGCAGCGGCGCUUCUGCUGGGCUUUCUCUAUCUCGUGUUCGUUAGCUCGCACGUCUGGUGCCGCAUAUUCACGAAGAUCCCCCCGUCUUCUCCACAAGAGCAGGUUGACGCCCUUCCCUGCUACGAGGAUGCCGUCAAAUCCGACCUUCCUUCAUAUUACACCCUUUUCCGCGAACGUCCAGCAUCCUGUGACGUCAAGCAUUCCUCAGGGGUCACUUCUUCGUCCAUAGGAUCGAAGCCUGUCGACUUCGCCUUCAGCUCAGAGCCCGACAGCAAAACAGAUAUUAUACCCGUCUUCAGAAUAUCCCAAAAACACCAGAAUAAGGUUCUUGCACCGAGUUCUCCUACGUCUUUCAACGGGAAGCUGGUUUUUCCAACGGCCUGUUCCGACGCCGAGCCGGCCCCGCCUCCAGAAGUAGAAGAACGAAGGAUGAAAAAAGAAAAGGUGUACGCCAACAUCGUGGAAGCCAUUGCUAAUCCAGUAAAUCUGUGUAACUAUUGAUUUCUUAAAUUUUCGAGUUACGGAGAAAGCAAGUUAACGUUACCAGGACGAGUGGGCUUUACUUCUUCAUGUAACCUUAUUCAUUUUUACAAUCUAAAACCAGCGAUGGUAUAAGCGUAAAUGGCACCAACGAUUAUUUUUUUUAUUGCACAUCUCAUCUUUGCCUGAAAUCGGACAGUUGCCAAAUAUCUGAUGACUUUCAACAGUUACCAAAUUAGUGACAUAUUCAGAACCUGAGUCAGACCUAAAAACUAUGACGUCAUAACGAACUUCGCUAUGACUCAGAUGAUCAGAAAUGUGUUGCAACAACAUUAUCAAAACUGAUUUCAAGUCAUCUUCGCUUCAGAAAGAAUGAUCAGACCAAAACACAAAUUCGUGAUCACAUCAUCGUAUAUUGACAUUCCGGUCACGCGUUAACGUCACCUGAUACAAGCCCGAAACGGAUUUUCGUUGUGCAGACAUCGUUGGUGGCUAAUGGAUUUCUAAUGUUAACGAUCGCCUGACCCAGUAAUCUACAAGUCCACAACCAUACAACCAUACGUGUGUGUCUAUAAUAUAUAAAUCGUAUUUUAGAAAAAUCACGACCGAACAAAACGCCAGUAAAUGUGAUGUUCUAUUGUACUUAGUUUUUUGUAAGAUCCACUAGUCAUGAUACGAUUACGGUAAGAACGUAGACUACGUGACAAAUGCAAUCAACACGCCCAACAAAACCGAUGCUACCUUAGACACUAAAAUAUUUUACAUCACAUCAUAGAAGAGAAUUAAACUAUUUAUGCAUUAUUGCACAGAUAUCACCACUGUCAUCAUUCACUCAUUAAUCAUUACAACGGGGAUGAGGAAAUCAAUCAAGAUACCUGAAGGGUCAAUAAGUCUUAAUCUCUGAUCAAAGACCGAGAUCAGGAGCAGGAAACUAACCACAGGAGAUGAAAUCCUGAACCUCGAUGGGAAACUAGUUUGGUCUUCGUCGACACAAUUAGACUGUGAUAAUCAAAGUGUAGUCGCCUUAGAUGGCUCAUAUUUAUUCCGUAUUUUGUUAUUUUCCUGAUUAUUUAUCAAUCCGUGUUCAUACGUUGACGCUAGUUGAAUAAAAUAUUGUUUAUA